AUGGUCGGCAAUGGCAUUGCCACUCGUUUGCUCCAAGCUUGUUUCCGGUAUGAGUUUGUCGUUCCGUUGGUGCAGACACCGGAAGACCCGGACUCCUGGUUCAAUGCCGGCUAA